AUGGGGAUCUGGUCAGACGUCGGGCGUCAGGAUUAUCCUAAACUGUGGACACAGGGUCAGGAUUACCCUAAACUGUGGACACGAACUACAGGAUUCUGGUCAGACUUCAGGGGUCAGAAUUACCCUAAGCUGUGGACACGAACAACAGGAUUCUGGUCAAACUUCGGGGAUCAGGAUUAUCCUACAUUGUGGACACGAACAACAGGAUUUUGGUCAAACUUCGGGGAUCAGGAUUACCCUACACUGUGGACACGAACUACAGGAUUCUGGUCAGACUCCGUGGGUCAGGAUUACCCUAAACUGUGGACACCUACCACAGACUUCUGGUCAAACUUCGGGGGCUUCUGGUCAAACUUCGGGGGUCAGGAUUACCCUAAACUGUGGACACGAACAACAGGCUUCUGGUCAAACUUCGGGGGUCACGAUUACCCUAAACUGUGGACACGAACUACAGGACACUGGUCAAACUUCGAGAGUCAAGAUUACUCUGAACUGUGGGCACGAACCACAGGGAUCUGGUCAGACGUCGGGGGUCAGGAUUAUCCUAAACUGUGGACACAGGACUUCGGCGGUCAGGAUUACCCUAAAUUGGGGACACCUACCACAAACUUCUGGUCAAACUUCGGGGGUCAGGAUUACCCUAAACUGUGGACACUGUGGACACAGGGUCAGGAUUACCCUAAAUUGUGGACACGAACUACAGGCUUCUGGUCAAACUUCGGGGGUCAGGAUUACCCUAAACUGUGGACACGAACAACAGGCUUCUGGUCAAACUUCGGGGGUCAGGAUUACCCUAAACUGUGGACACAGACUACAGGCUUCUGGUCAGGCGUCAGGGGUCAGGAUUAUCCUAAACUGUGGACACGAAUUACAAGGUUCUGGUCAGACGUCAGGGGUCAGGAUUACUCUAAACUGUGGACACGAACUACAGGUCUCCGGUCAAAUUUCAGGGGUCAGGAUUACCCUAAACUGUGGACACGAAUUACAGGACCCUGGUCAGACUUCUGGGGUCAGGAUUAUUCUAAACUGUGGACACGAACUACAGGCCUCUGGUCAGACGUCGGGGGUCAAGAUUACUCUAAACUGUGGACACGAACUACAGGCUUCUGGUCAGACUUCGGGGGCUUCUGGUCAAACUUCGGGGGUCAGGAUUACCCUAAACUGUGGACACGAACUACAGGCCUCUGGUCAAAAUUCGGGGGUCAGGAUUACUCUAAACUGUGGAUACGAAUUACAGGACCCUGGUCAGACUUCUGGGGUCAGGAUUUCCCUAAACUGUGGACACGAACUACAGGCCUCUGGUCAGACUUCGGGGGUCAAGAUUACCCUAAACUGUGGACACGAACUACAGGGUUCUUGUCAGACUGCGCGGGUCAGGAUUACCUUAAACUGUGGACACGAACCUCAGGGUUCUGA